AUGUCACGACAUCCAGCGCUGACUGAACUCUACAGGGGAGAAAACCCCAUCGUGGAUAUCGUCGCAGUACAUGGACUGAACGGCGACGCUCUCAUGUCUUGGACGACCUCAAAGACGGGGCGGUGUUGGCUACGAGAACCUGACAUGUUACCAUCCAACCUGCCCCAAGCCCGUGUUCUGACGUACAGCUAUAAUGCCUCCGUGACUGAGCUCUUCGGCAGAACCUCGUCCGAUCGCAUCUUGGAGCAUGCCCAUACUCUCGUCGCAGAGCUGAUCGCCGAUCGUCAGUUGGAAAAUGCUAGCCGGCGCCCACUGAUUUUCGUCUGCCACUCAUUGGGCGGAAUCAUUGUGAAGCGAGCCAUCAUCCUCUCACAGAGUCGGACAGCAAAGUCCAUUCAGAAUAUGCAUUCCAUCUACGUUUCCACUUUCGGCCUGUUGUUUCUGGGAACCCCACACGAUGGAAGCACCAAAGCCGGUAUCGCUUCUUCCACCCGCCGGAUCGUGGACGUGAUGGUUCCUUCUAAGCUCUGUGACACCGAUGGCCAACUUCUAGAAGCCCUGAAGCCCGGCUCUGAGGCAUUGAAAAACAUCACCGACUUGUUUGUACCCCUGAUGAAGAAGUUCCGCAUUUACUUCUUCUGGGAGCAGGAGAAGACAGAUCUGCAUGUCACGAAUGAUUAUAUUGUCACCGAGUCUUCCGCUGCUCCCAUUCUUGACGGUACGGAGCGCUGUGGACUACCGUAUGAUCAUCGCAAUCUGUGCAGAUUCGAAUCCCGAACAUCCCCCGGAUAUCGAGUCGUCGUUGCGGCCCUGAUGCGCUAUUCCGAAGAAGCGUCAUAUGUUGUCGCGCAGAGAUGGAUCCACACAGACUCGUUGUUGAGGUCGAUGCGGACAAAUGAGGCUGCUGAAUUGUUUAUAGGUACUUAG